AUGGAAUUCCGCAGGAAGAUUGGGUUUCUCACCCUCUGCCACCAUCUUUUUCUCACAAUUUCUUUUUUCUGCCUCCAAUUUGGUGUUUCUACUUCUACAGAUACAAUUACUGCACACUAUUCUUUGGAAGGAUCAGAAACUAUACUCUCCAAUUCCCAAAAUUUCAAGAUGGGAUUUUUCCGCCCGGAAAAUUCCUCCAAGUAUUACGUUGGCAUCAUGUUUAACGUCCCGUCAAUGGCCGUUGUAUGGGUAGCCAACAGAGACAAAGGUAUGGAUGAUUCCAGGGGAAGCAUGGGAAUCUCAGAAGAUGGGAAUCUUGAGGUGUUGGAUGGACAGAAGAGAGUAGUAUGGUCUACUUCUAAAUAUAAUAUUUCGACUGCAAAUACUACUGCUCAGCUCCUGGAUUCUGGAAACUUGGUGUUGAAAGAUAGCUCAAGUGGGAGAUAUUUAUGGGAAAGCUUUGGUGAAAACUCAGAUACUCUUGUGGAGGGAAUGAAACUUGGCAAUGGUGCGAGUAGUAUUGGUAUAACGAGGGAGUUGAGAUCGUGGAAAAGUCCAUGGGAUCCAUCCCCGGGGGCUUUUUCUGCUCGUCUUCGACAUCAAAACAUUCCAGAGAUGAUUGUUGUACAAAAUAACAGUAAGAUUUACUGGAGAAGCGGUCUAUGGAAUAAGCAGAUAUUCAUUGGACUGCCUCACAUGAAUUCUGUGUAUGACUAUGGAUCUCAGAUCAUUAAGGAUGAUGAAGGGGAUAUCACCUAUGACACCUUUAAGAACAUGAAGGAGUCCACUAAAUUACACUAUGCCCUCAACUCUACUGGGUGUCUGGUGGAGAAGCAUUGGGAUGAAGAGAAGAGCCAAUGGGUGGUGAGAUUGGUAAGUGGUGUAAGUGGCCAAUGUGAUCUGUAUGGCAAUUGUGGGCCGUUUGGAAUUUAUGAUCCCUAUGAUUCAAAAAGUUGUAGUUGUUUGAAGGGUUAUAGACCCAAAGAUGAAAUGGAAUGGGGCAAUGGAAAUUGGAGCAGUGGGUGCAUCAGAAAUGCUGCACUUCAGUGUCACAGAAACAGCUCAAAUGAGGAAAACAACAAGAAAGAUGGGUUCUUGAAGUUGCAGAGGGUGAAAGUGCCAGAUUUUGCUCGUUGGGUGCCUUCUCUUGAUGAUUCUUGUGAAACUGACUGUUUGAGAGAUUGUGCCUGCAUAGCUUAUUCCUACUACACCGGGAUUGGUUGUAUGCACUGGUCUCAGGAUUUAAUUGAUACCCAGCAGUUUUUGACAGGAGGAGCAGAUUUAUACAUCCGACUACCAUAUUCAGAACUUGAUCAAAAGAGAAACAACAAAGUCAUCAUUAUUGUAAUUACAUUGACUAUAGGCUCACUAGCAAUUGCUUCUUGCCUGUACUUUGGUUUAGUUAAGCACAGAGGCAAAAAAUCUCCAAUCAUGCCUAGAGAAGAUUCCAGCCAAGUUAAGCUCCUUGAUGAGCUACCAGUAUUUGACUUUGAGAUCAUAGCAAAAGCCACCAAUCAUUUUCAUUCAACCAACAAGCUUGGGGAGGGUGGUUUUGGUCCAGUCUAUAAGGGAGUAUUGGAGGAUGGACAACAAAUCGCAGUGAAAAGGCUUUCAGAGUUUUCUGCCCAAGGUCAAAAAGAGUUUAUGAAUGAGGUUGUCGUGAUUUCCAAACUCCAGCACAGAAAUUUGGUUAGGCUGCUUGGGUGUUGUAUAGAAAGAGAGGAGAAAAUGCUGGAAGUGGUUCUUGAUUGGAUGAAGCGCUUAAUGAUUAUUGAAGGAAUUGGCCGAGGCCUCCUUUAUCUUCACAGAGAUUCAAGAUUGCGAAUCAUUCAUCGAGAUCUCAAGGCAAGCAACAUCCUAUUAGAUGAGCAACUGAAUCCAAAAAUAUCUGAUUUUGGUUUGGCAAGGAUAUUUGGAAGCAACCAGAAUCAAGCCAAAACUCAAAGGGUUAUAGGCACAUACGGUUACAUGGCACCAGAAUAUGCAAUGAAUGGAAAAUUUUCAGAAAAGUCAGACGUGUUUAGCUUUGGAGUUCUGUUGCUAGAAAUUGUUAGUGGGAGGAAGAACUCUGCAUUUUACCAUGAUGGCUUUGCAAUAAGCCUUGGAACACAUGCAUGGAAACUAUGGAAUUUAGACAAGAUGGAAGAAAUGGCAGAACCUGAAAUGUAUGACAUGAGCUUCAAAAUGAGUAUAAGACGAUGCGUCCAUAUCGGCCUAUUGUGUGUUCAAGAAUAUGCAGAUGACAGACCAAAUAUUUCAAGUGUUUUAUCAAUGCUUAGCAGUGAAAUUGCAAAGCUUCCUCAUCCUAAACAGCCUGCAUUUACGGGAGGACAGAGCUUUCCAGACAACAAGUUUCAUAAGCAAAGCAGAAGUUUUGUAAAUGUUACAAUUUCUGAUGUUGAAGGGAGAUAUUCUGAUAAGUUAUUACUUUUUGUUUAUAUAGGUCCAAUACAAGUGUUUACAUCAAAUACAAUUACAGCACACCAUUCUUUGGAAGGAUCAGAAACUAUACUCUCCAAUUCCCAAAAUUUCAAGAUGGGAUUUUUCCGCCCGGAAAAUUCCACCAAGUAUUACAUUGGCAUCAUGUUUAACGUCCCGUCAAUGGCCGUUGUAUGGGUAGCCAACAGAGACAAAGGUAUGGAUGAUUCCAGGGGAAGCAUGGGAAUCUCAGAAGAUGGGAAUCUUGUGGUGUUGGAUGGAGAGAACAGAGUAGUAUGGUCUACUUCUAAAUCUAAUAUUUCGACUAAUUCAAAUACUUCUGCUCAGCUCCUAGAUACCGGAAACUUGGUGUUGAAAGAUAGCUCAAGUGGGAGAUAUUUAUGGGAAAGCUUUGGUGAAAACUCAGAUACUUUUCUUGAGAAAAUGAAAAUUGGCAAUGGAGUGAUGAGUCUUGAUAUGACGAAUGAGUUGAGAUCGUGGAAAAGUCCUUGGGAUCCAUCUCCGGGGAGUUUUUCUUAUCGUCUUCAACCUCAAAGCAUUUCAGAGAUGGUUGUCCUACAAAAUAACAGUAAGCCUUACUGGAGAAGCGGUCCAUGGAAUAAGCAGAUAUUCAUUGGACUGCCUCACAUGAAUUCUUUCUAUAACUACGGAGCUCAAAUCAUUAACGACAACGCAGGGGGCUAUAUAACCUAUACAGACAUGAGGCAGUUCAAUAAAGUGCACUAUGUCCUCAACUCUACCGGUUGUUUCUUGGAGAGGUAUUGGGAUGAAGAGAAGAACAAAUGGGUGGGGACAUGGGAAAGUUGUGGAAGUGGUGAAUGCGAUGUGUAUGGCAAGUGUGGACCUUUUGGAGUUUGUGAUCCCUCGGCUUCAAAUAGUUGUAGUUGUUUGCAGGGUUAUAAACCCAAGAAUGAAAUGGAAUGGGGCAAUGGAAAUUGGAGCAGUGGGUGCAUCAGAAAUUUUGCACUUCAGUGUCACAGAAACAGCUCGAAUGAGGAAAACAAGAAGAAAGAUGGGUUCUUGAAGUUGCAGAGGGUGAAAGUGCCAGAUUUUGCUCGUUGGGUGUCUUCUCUUGAUGACUCUUGUGAAACUGAUUGUUUGAGAGAUUGUGCCUGCAUAGCUUAUUCCUACUACAACGGGAUUGGUUGUAUGCACUGGUUUCAGGAUUUAAUUGAUAUCCAACAGUUUUCGACAGGAGGAGCAGAUUUAUACAUCCGUCUACCAUAUUCAGAACUUGAUCAAAACAAAAACAACAAAGUCAUCAUUAUUGUAAUUACAUUAACUCUAGGCUCACUAGCAAUUGCUUCUUGCCUGUAUUUUGUUUUGCUUAAGCACAGAGGCAAAAAAUCUUCAAAAAUCAUGCCAAGAGAAGACACCAGCCAAGUUAAGCUACUUGAUGAGCUACCAGUAUUUGACUUUGAGAUCAUAGAUAAAGCAACCAAACAUUUUCAUUCUGGCAACAAGCUUGGUGAGGGUGGUUUUGGUCCGGUCUACAAGGGAGUUUUGGAGGAUGGGCAAGAAAUUGCUGUGAAAAGACUUUCAGAGUCAUCUGCUCAAGGUCAAAAGGAAUUUAUGAACGAGGUCGUAGUGAUUUCUAAACUCCAGCAUAGAAAUCUCGUUAGGCUACUUGGGUGCUGUAUAGAAAGAGGGGAGAAAAUGUUGGUUUAUGAGUUCAUGCCAAAUGGAAGCUUGGAUGCUCUUCUCUUUGAUCCUAACAAGGAAGUGGUUCUUGAUUGGAUGAAGCGCUUAAUGAUUAUUGAAGGAAUUGGCCGAGGCCUCCUUUAUCUUCACAGAGAUUCAAGAUUGCGAAUCAUUCAUCGAGAUCUCAAGACAAGUAACAUCCUAUUAGAUGAGCAACUGAAUCCAAAAAUAUCCGAUUUUGGUUUGGCAAGGAUAUUUGGAAGCAACCAAAAUCAAGCCAAAACUCAGAGGGUUAUAGGCACAUACGGUUACAUGGCACCAGAAUAUGCAAUGAAUGGAAAAUUUUCAGAAAAGUCAGACGUGUUUAGCUUUGGAGUUUUGUUGCUAGAAAUUGUUAGUGGGAGGAAGAACUCUGCAUUUUACCACGACGGCUUUGCAAUAAGCCUUGCAGCACAUGCAUGGAAACUAUGGAAUUUAGACAAGAUGGAAGAAAUGGCAGAACCUGAAAUGUAUGACAUGAGCUUCAAAAUGAGUAUCAGACGAUGCGUCCAUGUCGGCCUAUUAUGUGUUCAAGAAUAUGCGGAUGACCGACCAAAUAUUUCAACUGUUUUGUCAAUGCUUAGCAGUGAAAUUACAGAGCUUCCCCAUCCUAAACCGCCUGCAUUUACUGGAAGACAGAGCUUUCCAAAUAACAAGUUUCCUAAACAAAAUAGAAGUUUUGUGUACAACGUUACAAUUUCUGAUGUUGAAGGAAGAUAG